CUGUUGUUUGUAUAUGACUGUAACCCUUCUCUCCUUCCUCUUUCUUUUCUCCUUUACUGUCCCUCUAUCUUCAACUUUCUCUUUGCCUUCUGUCUUUUUGCCUUUCCCCUGCUCUCUCUGUCCCUCCACUCUCUGGUUCUUUCUGUUCCUCUCUUCCAGUACUGCGCAUUCCUCUCCCUUUUGUUCAUCCUCAUCUCCAUCUCCACAUUCUGCAUGGAGACGCACGAGGCCUUCAAUACCAUCUACAACAAGACGGAGAACGUGACGGAGGGAAACGUGACGCGCGAGGUGAUCGUCUACGAGGUGGUGACCGACAGCUGGCUUAUGUACGUGGAGGGCAUGUGCGUCAUCUGGUUCACCAUUGAGGUGAUGGCGCGUGUGGUCUUCUGCCCGGACAAGGUCGAGUUCUUCAGGAGCACCCUCAACAUCAUCGACUUCAUUGCCAUCAUGCCCUUCUACCUGGAGGUGGGGCUGAGCGGCCUGUCCUCCAAAGCUGCCAAGGACGUGUUGGGCUUCCUGCGUGUGGUCCGCUUUGUCCGUAUCCUGCGUAUCUUCAAGCUGACCCGCCACUUCGUGGGGCUUCGUGUCCUGGGCCACACGCUCCGCGCUAGCACCAACGAGUUCCUCCUGCUCAUCAUCUUCCUUGCUCUCGGAGUGCUCAUCUUCGCCACCAUGAUCUACUAUGCCGAGCGAAUAGGCGCAGACCCUGAUGACCCUACGGCUGCCAAACACACAAACUUCAAGAACAUCCCAAUUGGCUUCUGGUGGGCUGUGGUCACUAUGACCACUCUGGGCUACGGGGACAUGUACCCCGAGACGUGGUCGGGGAUGCUGGUGGGCGCGCUGUGCGCCCUGUCGGGGGUACUGACCAUCGCCAUGCCUGUGCCUGUCAUCGUCAACAACUUUGGCAUGUACUACUCACUGGCCAUGGCUAAGCAGAAGCUGCCCAAGAAAAAGGGCAAGCACAUCCCCCGGCCCACCAUGCCUGGCUCGCCCAACUACUGCAAGCCCGACGCCCUCGCCAUGGCCACCGCCUCGCCCCAUAGGAUCCUGGGUAAUGUACUCGGCGAGGUGAUCGGGUCCGGAGGCCUUGACUGCCCCCUCGCUCAAGAGGAGAUCAUUGAAAUCAACCGAGGUGAGACAUUUCUAUUUUUAAUCCUCAGCCCCCUAUUUUAAGACACAGACUGCAAGUUAACAAACUGGCUUCGACCUUGAAUCGUAAGAUUGGCAUGAGUUUGUAAACACAACAUGGAGCUUCGCUGAGCAUCUGGGCACACCACCACUGGCCUCCACAAGGUCGUAGAACACAAAUUACCCUGGCAAAAUAUUAUAUUCUUGGCAAAGAGGUUGUCAAACUGUACAGUUUAGCAUCAACAGAUAUCCAUUGAAAUCAAACUUGGGACAGGGAUUUGCACAGUAAGUGGGUGACUCUGGGUUGUAUAAGACUUAGGAAUCAGAAUGUUAUCUGACAGCUAGUUACAGGGACUCAGUAAUCUCAGCAAUAGUACAGUCCUGCAGAUCCAUGGGGUGUGGGUUUAGAGUGCCUCUAUCCCUGAUAGGGAUGGGGGGGGGGGGUGGGCUGAUUCUGAAUCUGCCCUUGAGAGAUAGCUAACCCAUCAGAACUCAUGGGUAAUUUAGGAUCAACUGGCGAGUCCACAUUUUCCGAUAGGCCUCCAUCUGUCUGCGUAGAACAAACACAGUACUUUAAAACCUAAUUUGGAUCUCUUCAUAACAGCCUAAUAUACAUACGUUUGGUUCAAUAGUUUGGUUCAAAUGUCAGACAUUUUUUUUUUGAAAACUCUAGUGUAAUAUUUAGUACGUAAUACAUACAGUAAUUCCUAUAUCAUUUGGCAUGAUUGUGUAUUACCUAUGAACCCAAGAUCCACACAUGACAAUACUGCACAUGUUGUGUAUUUUGUAGCCCUGGAGAAAUCAUCAGUGAGUCUGCAAUUAUAGUAUUUUAUUGCAUCAGCAUCUAUAGUAUCCCACCACUUUCUCGCUAUCUUUCACACUCUCUUUUAUAAGGGUUUUGCUGUAGGUUGUCAGUAAGUUGAUGAGCAGGAACUCAUGUGAGAUAAGAUUUGACAGCUGUGUCUGAGCAUAUAAGCACCAGCCACCCUGCAGCAUCAACUCGCACCCCGAACCACCGCUUACAUUUACAUUUUAGUCAUUUAGCAGACGCUCUUAUCUAGAGCGACUUACAGUUAGUGAGUACAUACAUAUUUGUAUUUAUUUUUCAUACUGGCCCCCCGCGGGAAUCGAACCCACAACUCUGGCGUUGCAAACACCAUGCUCUACCAAUAUCCCUGCCGGCCAUUCCCUCCCCUUACCCUGGACGACGCUGGGCCAAUUGUGCACCGCCCCAUGGGUCUCCCGGUCACGGCCGGCUACGACAGAGCCGGCCGUGAGCUUAAAUCACUACAUCCAGUGUUUAGUUUACCAUGCUGUCUAGCUAAGCCAGGAUGGACAUGAACUUUGACACAUUGGCAAUUAUCAAUUACAUAUCAUAGUAGAGUGUAUAUUUGGGUGUUUUAGAAAACACAGUAGCUUAAGAUGGUAUUUAGCCCUGAGCUCUAGACUACAUAUAGCCACAGGAGAUUGGUGGCACCUUAAUUGUGGAGGACGGUCUCGUGGUAAUUGCUGGAGCGGAAUAGGUGGAAUGGUAUCGAAUACAUCAACAACAUGAUUUCCAUGUUUGAUGCCAACAGUCCCCUGUAGCUCAGUUGGUAGAGCAUGGCGCUUGCAACGCCAGUGUUGUGGGUUCGUUUCCCACGGGGGGCCAGUAUGAAAAUGUAUUCACUCACUAAUUGUAAGUCGUUCUGGAUAAGAGCGUCUGGUAAAAUGCCAUUCCAUUUGCUCCAUUCCAGCCAUUAUUAUGAGCCGUCCUCCCCUCAGCAGCUUCCUGUGCAUUUAGCCUUCAUUUGAAACGACUGCUCUUCAUUAAUGCUAUUUACUUUAUCAUACACAGUGAAAAAUACCAUUUUUGUGAGUCCUAAUAAAAUACUCUAUUGCAUUGUAUUUUUGUUCAGUAGGACACCAUAGUUUGGGAUUAGAUUCGGCCCAUUUUUAAGCUAUUUUACUGAAUCUGUCUCUGUCUCUGAUUAUGUAUCUCAUCUGCAGUAUUCAAUUGUGAUCAGUAGCUUGUAGUAACACCUCCUCCCCCUAUCCCUUUGACUAUUUUCUUACACACUUUUCUCCAGUGAUGGGAGACUGUAUCGGUGGGCCAAGGUGCCAUGCCAAAACCUCAGAUAUAGCAGCCAAUCAAAGCCCCUAAGCUCACAACAGCAAGCUCUCUGAUUGGGUCAAUUGAAUCAUCAAGUAAGCAACUCCUCUCCUCCGGCUAUGUUCCAAUACCCAUACCAACAUACUAUGUAGAGUGAAGCAAUGUAAUGGCCAUGCAUCCUAAGUGGUAUGCUAGUGUGGAUAUGGAAACACAGCCCGGUUUGGCCUCAGUCUCCCAUCACGACCUUCCUCCUCUACUAUCCAGGUACCUCACUUCUCUCCUACCCUCCUAUUCCUUCCUUCUCCUUUACUCUCUCCUUCUCCCUUGCUCUCCUUCCAUCCCCCCUUUCCCCAUCUCUCCUUCUUUUCCAAAAGAUUCCAAGCAGAACGGCGACGCGGCCACUGCGGCCCUGGCGAACGAGGACUGCCCCACCAUUGACCAGGUGCUGAGUCCGGAGCGAGAGGGCGCCAGAGUAACACGGGAACGCUACCAGCAGGACCGUGCUUGCUUCCUGCUCAACACCAGGGAAUUCCGCGCCACAGAUGGGAAUGUGCGGAAAGGUAUGUCGUUCCCGCAGGGGACGGGACUG